AUGGAUAGAAAUAGAUUGAUCUUUGGUUAUUUUGCCAUAUUCUUGCUUUUUAUGGCCUUCAAAAAAGCCACUUCGGAAAUUAACAAAACGUUAAAUAUUGCACCUAAUAUCGUUGAAAAUGAUAUUGACACAUCAAAAAUAAAAUCAGACAAUAGACUCCAACGUAAAAUUUAUAAUAUAUUUCGCGAUAUCGAUGAUGAUCGUGAAGAGGAUGAUAUCCGACCACUGACAAAACGAGAAAAAAACAACAGAGAACCAAAAAUAUGGGACCAAUGGGGUAAUUGGUCAACAUGCAGUGUCACUUGUGGAAUAGGAAAGAUCAUGAGAUGGAGACAUUGUAUAGGCGGACGUUGUUCCUUGGGGGAGAAGAAAGCUCAACUGAAAACUUGCACUUCCGCAGCAUGUUAG